GCGGUCUGUCCCGCUCGCGCCGAAUGCUCUCCCGGGCCGAGUUAACAAGCGCUUCUCUGACGUCACUUCCCAAGUGCGCGGGAUCGGGCUAACGGCAGCUAACCAGCCAACUGACAACCGAAAAACUACCAAGGACGUUCACAGUUUUUCAGGAUAUUGUCACGCUGACCGCAGCUGCCCAGUAAAGGCUCAGUGUAGCCGCUGUAGAGUGUGUGUUGUGCCUCCGACAGCCGUUCAGAUGCAGCUCCGGAGAGACGGCUGUUGUGAUGUUGACAUCCGUGACAAGCACGGCCGUCUGUUGUGCCACUAGCUAGCGGUAGUUGCUUGUUUUCGCGGAAAUUUUCUCCCUGGCAUGCAUUGAAACCCUCAGCCCUCUCAGACACGGCAGUAAGCCGGACUACGGUCUUUAGUAUUCGGUUGCGAUGAAGCUGCAGUGUGAGGUCGAGGUGGUGAACCGGAUGCUCCCCACGUUUGGGAUGAAAAGUCGAGGGAAGGGGGCGAGAGCGGUGCUGUCCAUCGGGAAGCAUUUGGACAAGACGAGCCAGCGCAGCAACAUUUACAUGAUGAUCUGCACAGCUAAAGACCGGGCAGGCUCUAAGUACAAGCUAAAAGGCAACAUAGAAAAGUUCUUCACUUGGUUUGUGGAGGACGGCAAGGCCACUGUGAGAUUAAAGGAGCCAGCUGUUGACAUUUGUUUGAGCAAGGCUGACGCCAACAGCUUAAAGAACUUCCUCUCGGCCGCUCGUUUGGCAGACAGAGGAAGUGACACGAGCAGCCUCCCUCUCUCCACUCUCACUCCUGUUCGCGCCAGAGACGUCGAGCAACCCAAGAAGAAGCUCACCAUCGUCUCCAAGAAGGACUACCCCCUCACCUCCAGCUUCCCCUACUCUCUGGAGCAGCUGCAGGUCUCGUACUGCAAACUGUCACGGGUUGACAUGCGGAUGCUCUCCCUUAAAGCUCUCCGCAAGCUCGACCUCAGCAACAACCACAUCAAGAAGCUCCCUGCCACCAUUGGUGACCUCGGCUGCCUCUCUGAGCUCAUCCUCCACAACAACCACCUGGAAGCAUUCAGCGAGGCUCUCUGCCUGUCCACCCUGCAGCGGACCCUCCAACUCCUGGACCUCAGCCAGAAUCGACUGCAGUCCCUGCCCGCUCAGUUCUGUCAGCUCCGAGAGCUAGUGAACCUCAAACUGGAUGACAAUGAGCUUGUCUGUUUGCCGUUCCAUGUAGGCCGACUCUCGAAGCUGAGGUUCCUGUCAGCGGCACAUAACCAGCUGGCCAUGUUGCCCAGUGACUUCCGGAAGCUGAGUCUGGAGAACCUGGACUUGUUUGGAAAUCCGUUUAUCCAGCCUAACCCUCUGGACCACAAAAUGAAGCUUACAUUCCCCCUCCCACUUCAAGAGAUGGCUUCCAGAGCUGUGGCCAACCUCAGGAUACCUUACGGACCUCACGUCAUCCCUGCCCACUUGUGUCGGGACCUCGAAGUAGCCAAGACCUGCGACUGCGGCCGCGUCUGCGUCAGUUUCUACAUCAAGACAGCGGUCAGCAUGAACCUGCACCAAGUCUCUCACACAGUGGUCCUGGUGGACGACAUGGGAGGCACAGAUGCUCCUGUGCAGCAGCACUUCUGCUCCCUCUCCUGCUACUCUGAAUUUUUAGACAACUCCCUCCAGAGAGGCAUCAGAUGAGGAAGAACAGACUCUUUCGUUUUGACAGCAAACACACCAACAGCUGGAAAUUGCUGUGGAUUCUGCAAUAGUUUGCAAGCUGUGAGAUACUGUAGGACAAGAGGAAUCUGCAGUAGCAAAUAGCUCAGUGGUCCAGUUUUCUGGUAAUGCCUUUGAAUGAAAAUGGAGGACUGACUCUCUUAAGCUUUGUCUUUAAAAGAACUUCAUGCUGCCUGUGUUACACUUACAUUCAACGUAUAAUGCACUUCUCACACAUCAAAAAAGGGGUAAAAGAAGAGUGUAAAUACCUUUGCACCUGCUCCAUGUGUAACUGAGUGGCACUGACUCUCACAAACUCACAGCGUACAGUGUCAUUCAUCGUCUUUUCUCUUAGAGCAAACUGCAGGUUCCCCCACUGACCUACUUCUGCAGCAGGGGAAUAAAGAAAUUAGAUGAAUUAGGGUUUUUUCCUGCAUACAGUGCCUCGGGGUCCAUGAGGAAGUUGGUUUAUACAGUGCUAAUGACCCACAUUUUUAUAUAUAUGAAUGUGAAAAAUUCAACAAAUAAAUAAAAGUAUGCAUUACGUUGUCCUAAGUAGUUUAUUCUGGGACAUUAAAA